AUGAGCCAUUUGAUUGGGGAAAAAAUUGCCAAAUUUAAACUUCUUUACAAAGAUAAUGAACCUGUAGUUGAUGACUUACAAUCUGUUCUUGUAGACUUCCUUCCUGAACUUCAACAAAAAUUAAAUCUUGACUUUGUUCAAGUUGAACGUAUCAGACAAUACAUCAAUGAUAGAGGUACUCUUUUUCGUUUCCUUAGAAAAGCUAAUUUCAACUUCGAUGUCGCCUCGAAGGCUUUAAUGUCCAACCUUCGUUGGCGUGCCGAAAACCACGUGGAUACUAUCUCUCUCCAAGAUGUUCCUCGGGAUUUUGUUGAAAGGGGUCUUUUCUUUUUUCAUAAAACUGAUAAAUUCAAUCGUCCUUGUGCCAUUCUUAACUUACGUGAAUAUGUUCGCGAGGAUGGCUCUCCUUCUCUCAAUGAAGUAAAGAAAUAUAUCAUUUUCAAUGCUGAGGUAGCCAGAAGGAUGUUAUUGGAUAAGUCUAAAGAAUCAAGAGAUGGUCCAGUCUUGCAAUAUGUCAUUUUAUUGGAUUUGAAAGGUGCUGGUGUUUCUGCUUUGAGCCUUGACUUACUCCGUUUUACAACUGACGUUUUUCGCCAUCAUUUUCCUGGUUCUACUGGUGCCAGAAUGUGGAAACUUUUCAAACCUAUCCUUCCUGAGGAUGCUUUGAAUCGUAUUUUUUUCCUUUCGGAAAAUAAAGAACUCUUAGACUAUUUCGACGAGGAAAAUGUUUUGAUUGAACAUGGUGGGUCUGAUACUUAUGAAUAUGAUUUGGAUACAUACAAAACGUACCAAUAUUACGGAAACCCACCCCCUCUAUUAAGUAGAAUUCCAUCAUAUGAUUCUCUUAAUGAUGAAUUCUUCUCUGCUCCAACUACUCCAUAUCACAGUCGACCUCCAACCCCUAAACCUUCCCCCGGUUUAGAUCACGUGCCAGCUUGGCUCAGAAUGACCCAACUUAACAUGUCUCCUUCUGCACCUAACGAAUUCAGAUCAAAUAUCAUUUCUCCAAGUCCUAUUAGGCCAACUCUUCGUUCUCCAACUCAUUCGUCAUAUUUUUGUUUCACCCCAAUUAAUCAAGAUUUUUACUUGCAAAAACUAUUAAAAAGAUUAGUCGCUCGUAAAGUAUCGGGCGUAUUAUAUUAUUUAGUAAUCGUAGUUAUACUUCGUGGUGGGUUAGUUGAUGAUUUUUGGCGAUUUUUAACUCAGCAAGUAACUAUGCAACUUGGAUGGAGCGCAAGUACCACCACUGCUCUUACGACUGCUGCUUUAUCUACCGCCUUAAGUGGUCGUACGAACAAUAGAUUAUUAUUAGGUGUUUAUUAA